CCGAACGAAGCAGACGGUCCACACAGCAGCCAAAGCUGAUACAUUCGCUCAGGGAAUAAAUAUCAAUAAACCGCGAGGCUGUUUCUUCACAGGAAUACGACUCGAUCGUGGACGCAUGUAAGCGUGCACAUACCAGGCUGGGACUGUACACCAUGGCUCUGACACAAGUGCAGCUCUCUCUGCCUCUGCUCCUAUAAGCGCCGAGAAACUAUUUGGAUCUUCUCGCAAAGGCUGCUAUUUAUUUUUCCCUCUAUUGACUUACAAAGAGUUAAUGCUGGACAUAUUCUCCGGAUGGUAACCGCGGACUGGACUACCUGUUUUGAACUGGUUCGCUUAAUAGGAGGGGAAGGGACUGAAAGACUUGCGUUCGCUGCCUUUUCUCUUUUUUAACAAGGCACCUUGGAGAUAAUUGAACAUCAAGGACUGCUGUAUUCACACAAUUUACACCGAGGGUGUUAUAUCCUCCUGUAUAACACCUACCUUUACGUGUUGUUUUUGAAUGGGGGUAACUCUGGUGCUGGAGAUUUGACACACUGCUGGGACAGGGACUGGGACGGGGGUGCGUGGAGCGUCGGAUCACCCAGGAUUGUGUUCCAUUCGCUCUCUCUCUCCUGGGUCUAUUUACAUGUCCAUCCUGACUGCUUUAUGACAAUGGAUUACUUUCUGCUUUUAUGCAGCAUCUUGCUGCCUUUGGUGUCCUCCGUUGAAGAGACGCUGAUGGAUACGAAGUGGGCGACAACAGAAUUAGCCUGGACUGCACACCCUGAGACCGGGUGGGAAGAGGUGAGUGGCUAUGAUGAUGCCAUGAACCCCAUCCGAACUUACCAAGUCUGCAAUGUACGUGAGCUCAACCAGAAUAACUGGCUGCGCAGUGACUUCAUCCCACGAAAGGAUGUGCUGCGUGUAUAUGUGGAGAUGAAAUUCACAGUGCGUGAUUGCAACAGCAUUCCUAACAUCCCAGGCUCUUGCAAAGAGACCUUCAACCUCUUCUACUAUGAGUCUGACUCAGACUCAGCCACAGCCACCAGCCCUUUCUGGAUGGAGAACCCUUAUGUAAAGGUGGACACUAUUGCUCCAGAUGAGAGCUUUUCCAUGCUUGAGUCUGGGCGGGUAAACACAAAAGUCAGAAGUUUCGGGCCAUUGUCCAAAGCGGGGUUCUACUUGGCCUUCCAGGAUCUUGGUGCCUGCAUGUCACUCAUCUCAGUGAGGGUCUUUUACAAGAAGUGCUCCACCACCAUCGCCAACUUCGCCGUUUUCCCAGAGACAGCAACUGGGGCUGAGGCUACCUCCUUGGUCAUUGCCCCGGGAACUUGUGUCCCCAAUGCCCUGGAGGUGUCUGUGCCAUUGAAGCUUUAUUGCAACGGAGACGGAGAAUGGAUGGUUCCUGUGGGAGCUUGCACCUGCUCAUCUGGUUUUGAACCAGCCAUGAAGGAUACCCAAUGUCAAGCUUGCAGCCCUGGCACCUUUAAGUCCAAGCAGGGUGAUGGCUUCUGCUCGCCCUGUCCGGCCAACAGCCGUGCCAGUUCAGGAGCCUCCAGCAUCUGCUCCUGUCGAACCGGGUUCUACCGCUCAGACAGCGAUUCUCCCGAUUCCCCCUGCACCACUAUUCCUUCUGCACCACGUAGUGUAAUAUCCAUUGUAAACGAGACCUCACUCGUGCUUGAAUGGAGCGACCCUCGUGACCUGGGUGGCCGUGAAGACAUCUUCUACAACGUCAUCUGUAAGAAGUGCCUGCCUGAGCGGGGAAUGUGCUCGCGGUGUGACGACAACGUUGACAUAUCACCACGCCACCUGGGCCUCACACAGCGCCGUGUGGCUGUCCGUAACCUACAAGCCCACACACAGUACAGCUUCGAGAUUCAGGCAGUCAACGGUGUUUCCAACAAGAGCCCAUACUCACCUCAUUUCUCUUCAGUGAACAUCACCACAAAUCAAGCUGCUCCUUCUGCAGUGCCCACAGUUCACCUGAUGGCGGCCACAGCGAGCACCAUGAGCCUGUCCUGGUUGCCUCCAGAGAAACCCAACGGAAUCAUUCUGGAUUAUGAGAUUAAGUACCAUGAGAAGGUAAGAAACAAUGAUCAAGGUGAGGCCAUUGCCCAUACCAUGACUGCCCAACGAAGCAAUGCCCGCAUUGAAGGUCUCAAGGCCGGUACACCUUAUGUGGUACAGGUCCGAGCCCGAACAGUAGCCGGUUACGGUCGUUACAGCAGCCCAGCCGACUUCAGCACCAACCUGCAAACUGACCCCCCAAAGUCAUGGCAGGAGCAACUGCCACUCAUCGUGGGAUCAGCCACCGCCACCUUGGUUUUCAUCAUUGCAGUUGUGGUCAUCGCUAUUGUCUGCCUAAGAAAGCAAAGAAAUGGUUCAGAGUCGGAGUACACAGAGAAACUGCAGCAGUACAAAUCCCCUAUAGUAACGCCGGGAAUGAAAGUCUACAUUGACCCCUUCACCUAUGAGGACCCCAACGAGGCUGUGCGCGAGUUUGCGAAGGAGAUCGACGUCUCCUGCGUGAAGAUCGAGGAGGUCAUCGGCGCAGGUAACCCACCAAAGCUCCUGAGCUACAGGGGGAAGGCUGCUAGUCACCUCCAGGCCAUACCGUUAGAGGACUUCACACCAAGCGGAGAGUUUGGGGAAGUGUGUCGUGGACGCCUCAAGCUGCCUGGGCGUCGAGAGAUCAUCGUAGCCAUCAAGACUCUCAAAGUGGGCUACACUGAUCGCCAGAGGCGGGACUUCCUGUCUGAGGCUUCCAUCAUGGGGCAGUUUGACCACCCCAACAUCAUCCGUCUGGAAGGUGUGGUCACCAAGAGUCGGCCAGUGAUGAUAGUGACCGAGUUCAUGGAGAAUGGAGCACUGGACUCUUUCCUAAGGCUCAAUGACGGCCAGUUCACAGUGAUCCAGCUGGUUGGCAUGUUGCGUGGUAUCGCAGCAGGCAUGAAGUACCUGUCAGAUAUGAACUACGUGCACAGAGACCUGGCUGCCCGUAACAUCUUGGUCAACAGUAAUCUGGUGUGUAAGGUGUCUGACUUUGGCCUAUCUCGUUUCCUCGAGGAUGAUCCUGCAGACCCCACCUACACCAGCUCCCUGGGAGGAAAGAUCCCCAUUCGCUGGACGGCUCCCGAGGCGAUUGCUUACAGGAAGUUCACCUCUGCCAGUGAUGUGUGGAGCUAUGGCAUUGUCAUGUGGGAAGUGAUGUCAUAUGGCGAACGGCCGUACUGGGACAUGAGCAAUCAAGAUGUGAUAAAUGCCGUGGAGCAAGACUAUCGACUGCCCCCACCCAUGGACUGCCCCACAGCACUACACCAGCUCAUGUUGGACUGCUGGGUGAAAGAGAGGAACCUGCGACCCAAAUUCACCCAGAUUGUAGCCACGCUGGAUAAACUUAUCCGCAAUGCUGCCAGCCUCAAAGUGGUCACCAACAGCGCACAAUCCACUGGGGUAUCCCAGCCCUUGCUUGACCGCUGUGUACCAGACUAUACCACUUUCACCACUGUGGGGGACUGGCUGGACGCCAUCAAGAUGAGCCGCUACCGUGACAACUUCGUCAAUGCCGGAUUUGCUACUUUUGACCUGGUGGCCCAGAUGACGGCAGAGGACUUGCUUCGGAUAGGAGUAACGUUGGCCGGCCAUCAGAAGAAAAUUCUCGGUAGCAUUCAGGACAUGAGACUACAGAUGAACCAAACACUUCCUGUCCAGGUGUGAGCGACAGGACAUAUAAACCAAUGCAGUCGAAGGACAGCCAGUGAGGAAAAUGGGGAGGAACUGUGCCAGAGAGAGCCAUUGGAAAACCCUAGCUGCCUGACCCAUCUCUGCCAAUUAGACGCUAUAAAACUGGCUUGCAGUGCCUCUGACCAUUUUUUUCUUUAUUUCACUACCACUUCCUGUUCCUGAUUUUGUGUUAUUCGUCAUUGUUGCUUUUUCCAUCCGAUGAGAAGUUGUGUGUUUUUGAAAGAGGAAGAAGAUUAAACUCCCUUAUACCCCAUGCGUGCCUCACCAGCUCCGGUGUGGGUUGACAUUUGCAUGCACGUGUGUUUUAGUGAGGUUGGCCUUAGCCCUGUAACUGAAAUGUCACACUCCCCAUGACCUCUCAACCCAGCUGUGAAGAACGUUAUGACUAGUAAUGAAUGAACACCCUGGUAUAAAAAAAGUGAACAAAUGCUCACUCCCAAAAGAAGGAAAAGAAAAACAGAGAUGUUUUGGAUCCACAGGACAUACGGGACAAUUCUUUCCCUGAUAGCAGUGGUUUCACUGUGCAUGCGUGUCAUUCUCCAUCUUCAUAUUGAAGGUGCGUUAUCUAAAAGGGCACUUGCUGGAUAAGGGUGAGGUGGUGGAAGAGAAUCUAUGAUGGGCUGAGGUCAAAGGUCAAGAUGAUGACAGAGUUCAAAAAGGUCAAAGGAGGGCAGCCACAUUUUUGGACACUUGUUUUGGCUGCUGAAUCCUCCAUAGGUCACUAGAUGAACUCUUCACCCUGACCUGAAGUGACUCAAGAUAGCUCUACAGCUUGGGAUCACCUGCUCAUCAUCUGUGCUUGUACACAUACAAGUGUUUUAUUUUUGUUCGUCCACACACUUUUCUUUUUUUCUUCCUUUUUUGGCUUUCUUACACAUUUUUGGGAGAUUUCUUGUUUCAAAAUGGCCGGUCAAACCUAAGUACCCCGACUGAACGCUUUAUGUGAUUAAGGGGAGACAAGGACUGUGGCAACACUAUAGAAAGACCACUUGGCCUUUUGUGUGCGUUUUUGUAUGUGUGCGUGCGUGCGCAUAUGUGCGUGUAUGUGUGAUUAAGUGUGCUUGGAUGUGUGGGUGUCUCAAGUUGCACACAAGUAUACUGUACAAUACAACUUCCGCUAUUUGCCACCGUGGAGAAUUAACGCAUGAACUGAACUGUGACAAGGAGCAAAUAUAUCUGAAACAAUUACGCUAUAUUCUGUGGACAACUGUUAAAACAUUCUUUUUAAUUGAAUCCAAAAAAUGAACUCACAACAUAUAUAUAAAUCUAUAUAUAUGUACCAUGCAGAGACUGAGAGAAACCAUGAUGGACACCUUACUUUCUACUAAAUAUUAUCUGGAUUUAGAAAUAAUCAAAAUUCUUAUUUUAAUAUCUUGACAUCCUGCCCUAUGUAUUUAUUUGUACCUCGCCCACCAACCCCCGCCCCCACACCAACUCCCAGAUGGACUGAAUUUGGGACAGUGGACUUGGAACAAUCAUAAGGAAGAGAGACUCAAAGAGGAUUCGCCUAAUGAAUUGCUGAUUAUUAAACAAAAGAAAUUGCAUAUAAAUUGGAUAUUGUAUUUUUGUUGUUGUUCUAAACAGCCUGUACAUGUUUUGUAACAAAAAUACUAUAAAUAACAAAAGAAAAAUGGUGUUUUGACAAAAUGAAAGUGUUGUUGUGAAAUGUUUGAUUUAGAGUGAAAUUAACAGAAAGAAAAGUAACAAAAGAGAAAGUCAGGAUGUUAGGAGGGAGAGAAGAGAGAUAGAGAGAGAGAGAGAGAGAGAGAGAGAGAGACACCCGUGGUUAAACAACAUGUUGCCCUUUUGUUAUUCAUCCAUUUUUGUGUGGGUGUGAGUGUUAGUGUAGGUGCAUUUGAAUGUGUGUGCCACCUGACCUGGAUAGGAUGCUUCCGCAAUCCAUUCUCAUUCUUAAUAUAGAGAGCAUCUGUGAACCACUGAGCUGUUACUAAUUAUCUUCUAGUCACAUUAAUUUAAACUAAAAUACUCCUGCAAACCACAGAAAUGUGUACCUAGGUUUUAGUUUUUCUUAUGUACCAUCACCUCCAACACGAGGUUCCUCCCUUACUGUUUAUACUGACGAGUAUACGUUCAACUCUUAAGGUAUCAUUAGGGAGAAGGGUCAGAGAUGAUGCAACUUACUUGCCAAUCAUUUCAAUCACCCCAGAGGCAUAGCUCCAUCAGUAGACCUGCAUUUUGCCUUCCUGCAACAGGAUCCUCAUCAGAGAAUCUAGAGCUGUCAAGAGAAACUUAUUGGUCUUUGUCUGUCAGGUCGAUUAAUGCAGCAGCCAAUCUGGCAUUGUGAGUAUACGAGCAUCCAGUGAGCGCAGACAUACAGGGUUCUGACCUAUGAUUAUCACUCUUCAUUUCCUGUCUGGCCUGCAAUCAUCCUGUCUCAGCUCAGGCUGCUGCGUGAUUAGUACAGUGGAGGAUCAACAGCCCUGGCACACAGACAGAAAAAUCUGCAGACCCCCUCAUCCUAAAUGAUAGCAGCUGCAUCACGGAGAAUGUUCUAUUUGUACUUCUCACUGAGGGGUGUUUGAUAGUAGUGGAUUAUGGGAUGGGGCUGCACCGCUGCUGUGAUCUUCGAGACAGAGUCCAUAUUGUUUGGGUUGGAGCUGAUCAAUGCAAUAUGUGAAUAAUAUUAGUGAGCUGUGUAAUAAUAGCAUGAUGUUAGCGGCUUAGCAUUGUCUUUCCAUUUUACUUUUAGUCAGAUUCUCUCAACUCCUUUAAAAAAGACAUGGAGUAUAUUAUGCAAAAAAACACGUUUCCCAAUUUAUAUUGUUUCAUCUUUUUCUACAUACAGACGUUUUUAAUUAUUCUAGUACAUAGUAUAAACCUGUAACAGUUGUAGCACACAGUUAAGUAAUCAUUUUACUGUUGUGUUCUCAAACUCUAAAGGAAUUAAGUCUAAAAUCCUCUUCUUUUUUUACCACUGCAGUUUUCUGAUGGCUGAGAAUCAGGAGCGCUUGAUUCGCCAGCGUUAUCUGUUAUUAUGAUGGGAAUGUGCUCAAAAUACUUGUUGGGUAAAGAAAAACAUUUUGUUGAUAUAAUCCUGCAGACUUAUUUUUGUUUCUCCCCAAAGCAAAACAUCUUUUUGAUUGGAAAAGAGUGAGAGAGUCUACUUUUGGAGAUGAGAGAAGAGCAGAAUUAAUGCAAUCAGAAGCUCACUUUUACCCAAAGUCUCCCAGGAAUAUUCAAUUGUACUCCCUUCUGCACUGAGCUCAAUUAUUCAAUCAGCUAAGCCCCACUGUUGCAGAGUCGCUUGUGGCACCAAAAAGACACUGAUGAGCAUACAAAUAGAAGAGGGGGGCAAAUGGGGGCUAAACUCAAUCAGAUGGCAGACAUGCCCACUCAUGAAAAAUGGCAGCGCUUUGGAGCUUGAAUGAACCAUUGAUGAGGUGCACAUGGUGCGCUGUGGUCUGAAGUUGUGUUCACCAAAGUCAACUGGCCGUGAGUGAUGAGCUCAACUGGCACUGUAGCGCAUCUUAAAAUGAUUAAACUGCCACCACAUCAACUGAAAACAAUUAAUCAUUAAGUUGAUCUUUCACACAUUCAUGGCAGUGUUUCAUACUUAACAUUCACAGAUAGGAAAGAAACUCCUCUUGCACAUGCUUGCUGGACUGUUAUCUUUGUUUGUGUGUAAAAAAAAGGUUGCUAUUUUAUACAGAAACACUUUGAUCAGCAGAGGUUAGGCUUUUUCAGAUGUGGUAUCUCUUUGUGUGCCAAUAAGAUUCAAACUUUCCCAACAUUCCUUCCACCUUUCCUUUCCUAUUAUGCAUCCUUCACAGAUCAUCAAACACGCCCACCCUUCCCGUAAACAUUUGACUAACAACUCAAAUUUUCUUUUCUUCAGUUGUCUGUUUUGAAUAAAUAUAUACAGUACUGUCUUUUCUUCUGUCCUCUAACAAGCUCACUCCACAUCUGUCUUUUGUUUACUUUGAAAACUCCUCUUGUUACAAGGAAGUGAGAUUGUUUCCGAGAGUAAAUGUAUAGUGAACUGCAAAGGGGGACAGAGUAAAGCGCUGAGAAAUGCAAUUGUUAAUUCCUCUUUGAAAAGCAUUAAGAUGUAUUUAAUGGUGCAGACAUACACAAACAAUUACUAAAAAUGAUGAUGCAUUCUUGUAGAAGUAUUUUUAAAAGACCCUUUUGCAAUUAAAUUAUUUAAGAAAUGUGA